CUCGACUUCACAUAAAACAAAAACCCCGGGCUGCCGUCCAGACGUUUCUACGCCUGGGUGGAAAGUAACACUGACAGAAAAAGAGCCUUGACUGCUGGGCAGAUCGCAUUGGGGGAGCGGGCAGCUGCAACCUGGCAGCGAGGCAUACGCACACCAUAAAAUGCGGUGCAUCAGGCCAGCCCUCCUGGUACUGCUCUGCAGGAACUCCAUUAACUCGUUGCCAUUUUCAUAUCUCCAUAAAAUCAGAUUUCAUCAUGGACGAGCUCGACGUGUAUGGCAAGAUUCUGUUCUUUUUCCAGGUCUCAGCAAUCGUGAUAUUCGUCGGCACGCUGCUCGCGGGGUCGCCGUACGGCAGCCAGAUAAAGGAGCCGCCCAAAUACACAGUGCAUGGCAAAUGGGGGUGGUUUGUCAUGGAGAUUGUAUCGCCAGUCGUGCUUAUCGCCGCGUACCUGUCGCCGACCAUGCUUGGGGUAUUUGCGCCGCAGCCCGUCCAGACGUCCGCUGCCGGCAAUUUAUUUGUGCUGCUCUGGGUCAUGCACUACGUGAACCGGGCGAUCGUCUACCCGCUGCGCGCACCGUCGCGCAAGCCACUGCCGCUGGACACGGUUGUCCAGGCAGUCAUUUUCAAUUCAAUCAACGGGUAUCUUGCCGGACGCCACUUCUCGGUGGUGCAUCCGGAGCAGUACCUGGGCAACUAUCUAAUGGGCCAUCCGGUAAGGUGUCUUGCAGGCCUGGGCUUGUUCGCGGCCGGUAUGUACGGCAACAUCUACCAUGACGGGGUGCUGAUGGAGCUUAGGCGCAGCGGCAAAACUACCGGGUAUGCGGUGCCCACGGGCGGGCUGUUCAGGUGGGUGUCGUGUCCGCACUACCUGUCUGAGGCUGUCGAGUGGCUGGGCCUGGCAUUGGCGUCUGGGUCGCCGGCGGUCCUCACGUUUGCACUCAACACCAUGGCAAAUCUGUUUGCCCGCGCAGUGCAUGUGCACAGGUGGUACCAGGGCCGGUUCGAGGACUACCCGAGGAACCGCAAGGCGGUGAUUCCGUAUCUGCUUUGAUAUAGCUUUAUUCUUCUUAAGAGUGGUUGAAAGGGGUGGGAGGAGAAUUGGAGAGUAAGAAAAUGAAGAGUGAUACGUCUGGUCGUGAAGGGAGGUGGGAGAGGAUGCUGGGUGUGUGGGGGCUUAGCUGUCGAAUCCCUCGUCAGUGCGGGUCUCGGCAAACUCGGCCUUUUCGGGGUUCGCCUUC